GCAACCAAUGCAAAUUUCGGGUGAUGUGAUUGACUUGUUCAUUUUAUGAUACGUAGCAAUAUCUCACGAAUGUUAGACGUACUUGUGAAUUUCUUGGAAUUUAAGUUUCCUACGUCAAAUUGUUUGGCAAUUAUUAAUGACCUCAGGUGAAAUUAAACAGUCAUCUUACUUGUCAAUUGAUUUAUCUUUUAAACUCGGUCAGUGGUUAUGUUUCGAUAUUCACUGCAAGUAUUGAAAAUCUAUAGUAUAUGUAACAUGAACUAUACUUUUCAGUACUUGCAAUGAAUAUCGAAACGCAGCCAAUAGGUGCAGUAAAUCUUUGCUCCAAAUUCCAGACUGUGAUAUAUUUUCUCGACAAAAAGUUUUCCUUACCUAAAGUUACUGUCUUAAAUCGUAAUCCUUUAUAGAAAAUUCAUAUAUCGAUAUACAAUGUACAAUGUCAAUAUUCAAUAAAAGAAAUCGAAUUCUAAAGAUAAAAUGUUGCUAUCCCUAGAAAUUUUUAAGAGUAAAAUAUUCUGUUAAGUCGUCAUACAUCAAAUGCAGUGUGAAUCUUCCAUCAGAGCAAUAAAACUAAAGGCUUACUAUUAUUGUAAAGUGGACAUUAGUGAAUUUAAAGAUAAAAAGGAUGUACUUAAUAUUCAUAAUAAAGUAAAUGAAAGAUAUAAUAUAAUAUUGAAGGAAAGAAAACUCUGCCCCUCUACAAUUUAUACUUACAAUUUAUACAUAUAGAUUAACAAUUAUGUUCUUCAGUAUUGACGACAGCAGGAUCAUGGCUUUAACAACUAUGUCACACCUGUCAAAUUUGAAACCUAUAUGUUUGUACUGCUGAGAUAUGACAAAUUUCUUAAUCCUAGCAUUUGCCAUCUUUUGAUACUUAAAGGAUCUACAAAGGUUUACAGCAAUGCGAGGGUUUCUUAUGUGCAAUGUUUCACCAAUAGGGUUAUGUAAAGAUGUGAUAAGAUUGAAAGAAUUUAUCAACAAACAUCAUCAAUUGUGUGUAUUAACUGGAGCAGGAGUAUCUACAGAAAGUGGUAUUCCUGACUAUAGAUCAGCAAAAGUUGGACUUUAUGCACGUAGUGAUCAUAGACCUAUCCACUACAAAGAAUUUUGUGCCAGUGAAAAGACUAGAAGACGAUACUGGGCCAGAAAUUUUGUUGGUUGGCCAAGAUUUUCAUCUUUUAAACCAAAUAUUACACAUAUGAUACUAAAAGACUUGGAAUAUACUGGGAAAAUAGGAUUUAUCAUUACACAAAAUGUAGAUAAUUUGCACUCAAAAGCAGGAUGUAAGAAGAUAAUAGAAUUACAUGGAACAGCAUUCAAAGUAAUGUGUCUUAAUUGCAGUCAUAAAAUAUGCAGAUGUGAAUUUCAAGAAAUUCUCCAGAAAUGUAAUCCAUCUAUGGUUACAAUGACUCAAAUGAUAAGACCUGACGGAGAUGUAGAAUUAUCACAGGAACAUGUGGAACACUUUAAUAUUCCAGCUUGUAAUAACUGUGGAGGUAUUUUGAAACCAGAUAUUGUGUUUUUUGGAGAUAAUGUACCACACAAGGUAGUGCAGAAUGUAAAAACUAAUGUAGAGAAUUCAGAUGCUUUAUUAAUCCUGGGUACAAGUCUUAGCACAUUUUCAGCAUACAGAAUUGUAUUGCAAGCAAUUGAUGCAAAAAAACCGAUUGCAAUAAUAAACAUUGGCAAAACUAGAGCUGAUGAAUUAGUAAACUUGAGAGUGGAAGGAAGAUGUGGAGAUAUUUUCCCAAAAGUUUGCAAACUAUAAAAACCAAAUAAUUUAAUAAAAUAAUGAUGGACAUAAAUAACUUUAUAAACUUAAUAUAUGUAAUAUAUGUAUACAGUAAUUUAUGGAACUGUUGAAUUUAAAGACAUUUAUAAUUAUUUAAAAAUUAUGUAUUCCUUAAUAUACAUAUUUUAAGUAAUGAUAUAAAAAUCAAGAUACAAUAAACAAAUACUUCUGUUGGAAUAUCUCAGGUUUCUUCCAUUUAAUUUUGUAAUUAGUUAUUCAGAUGUUACAUAUGCAUAUAAAUACUUUGUUUCUUAAUGGGAAGAUUUUGUCUCCUUUGCAUUUUGAAGACUCUGAGUAAUGUAUAAUUUUGCUAAACUUUGAGCACAGAACUGUGAGAUAUGCUCACUGUAAGUAUUGAUUUGUC